AUGGCAGUCCUCCUCAUUGGGGAUGAGGUGGAUGAUACUACUGUUGAUGUUGAUGAGUUAUUAUGUGCUAUUUCUGAAGUAGUGAACUGUGUGCAGAGUGCAGCGGUGCUAGAACGACAGCCUCACUGCAAGUCACCCUCUAUCGCCCUACUUCUGGAGCUGGACCAGAAGGUUUCACUGGUCACCCUACGCGACCAAGACAUACAUGUGCCCAUAAGAGGAACCCUCACGCCCUUUCAUCUAGUGUUGCUAGCUCAUCAAACAAAACAGACAAGGCGAAGAGUAACACUAGUAGAAGCUAGAGAAAAGAGGAGUGCAACUCGAUCGCGAGUCCCAGAGUUCUCCCACCAGCCAGGAACAAGGCCUCGGGAAGGGCAAGAUCAUCGCCUGAUGAAAGACUUUUUCAACAUGAGCCUCCACUCAAAUUACAGAAAGCUGAGGCCUUUCUCAGGAUCUCUCUCGCCAUCGCGUGACGAAGAUGGUUUCGACCUGUGGGUUGAUCAGGCAGAAGGGCAGCUGCAGGAGUGGACAGCAGCCGGCCUUGAAGAGGUAGAAAAGCGGCGGCGAAUUAGCGAAGCCCUCAGACCCCCUGCAUCAACCAUUGUGAGGGAUCUGAAGCUAAGCAAGCUGCAGGCAUCCGCAGAGGACUAUAUAUCAGCCCUUGAAGCUGCAUUCGGCACCACCGAGAGCGGGGAGGAGAUACUUCUUAAGUUUCACGACAUGGCGCAGCAUGAUCAGGAGAAACCCUCAGAGUUCAUCAUGCGGUUGAACUCUACCCUGAGACGGGCAGUACGAAAGGGAGGAGCGCCUCCGGACAGGGCAGACUACCUCCGGCUGCAGAAGUUCAUCCGGAGUCUCUAUGAUGAGAUGCUCCUAGUGAGUUUAAGGCUUAGGGAUCUCUUACAUGACCCACCCUCCUUCAUCACCCUUCUAAGCCAGGUGAGGCGAUAUGAAGUGGAGGUCGCAGAGAAGAGACAGAGGAGACCCGUCAAAGGGAGAAGUCUCCAAGCAGUAGUGGAAAGCCCUACAGAACCAUCAAAUGCCAUGGAGGUGCGGCUUGCAAGGCUGGAGCAACAGAUGAGGGACAGGGGGGCGACAUCUCAGGACCCGGUAGUUGUGAAUGCCUUCCAAACCCCAGACACAAACAAACAUCCUAACUUCUGCUACAAGUGUGGGGAAGACGGGCAUUUUCGCAGGAAGUGUCCAAACCCCCCUAACCUGGCUGCAGUCAACCAGAAGCUGAUCGGUUGUCUCAGUCAGGGAAACGCCUUUGGGUACCAGAGACGGAGCCGUCUGGGGCCCGAGUCCACUCAAGCUCCAAACAAGACAUACCCGCCACGUCAAUGA